AUGUUUUUGCGGGACGGCUGGGCCAAGAGUCCCUACAUGAACGACAGCCACGAAGCUUUUUGCAAGGGCAUUCGAGCCUUCAUCAACGAAGACUUGCUCCCGGAUACAGCGGAGGCGGAAGUGAGUGGAGAAUAUCCCACAAAAGAGAUCUACCAAAAGAUGGGUCAGGCUGGUCUACUAGCUGCACGCAUUGGCCCCGCUUGCAUGCCAGUAUUACGAUAGAUUUUCGUUUACUUAAGUAGAUGGUUUUGUGAAUAGACUGGUAUUAAGUUUUUGGUUUAUUUUUGAAUAUUUGAAGAUCGAGAUACCAAUUCGCUGACGGAUUCUUCUCUACCGCGCUUGGGUUUUCCUCAUCGUCUGCAACUGUUAGCGUCAUAUUACUAGCCAUCAUGUGUAGGAUCAUUGGCAAAUCGUGGAGUAUCUCAGUCAUAGAAAAUUCCUCAAUAAACCAGGUCGUCAAGAAAUUGGGCAUCAAACUUCCUGGCGGCGUCAGUCCCGAUGAUUUCGAUUACUUUCAUGAGAUGUUGGCGCACGAAGCCAUUGGGCGACUGUAUAAGGUGUCGCCAGGGUACGUGGAUGGGCUUGGAGCGGGCUUCUGCAUCGGUUUACCGCCAGUGCUGUACUUUGCGAAGAAAGAGUUGCAGAAGCAAGUGGUUCCAGAGGUGCUUCUGGGAAACAAGAGAAUCUGCUUGGCAAUCAGUGAGCCGAUUGCUGGUACUCUUUUUGAUACAUUUUGCAGGAUCGAUCAUGAGAACCACCUGGUGGAGCAAGAGUUUCUUCACAUAUCUAGUCAUCUCAUGCUAAAACUACAUCAAGAUAUUUCAUGAACUAGUACCUACUUCACGACAAACAUCGCGAUCGACCUAGAUCUACCUUUUCUUGACCCACACGACCGCACCUACACACCGCACCUACAGGUUCCGACGUCGCCAAUAUUGAGACGACUGCGAAGAAGUCUGAGUGCGGUAAGUAUUACAUCCUCAAUGGCGUGAAGAAGUGGAUUACGAACGGCAUGUUCGCUGACUACUUCGUCACGGCAGUUAGAACUGGAGGCAAGGGCAUGAAGGGAAUCUCGAUGAUCUGCGUGCCCCGUGAAGGUGCUGGCGGCACUGUCACUACAAAGCCGAUCCCGACUUCCUAUUCCCCAGCAGCGGGCACGGCGUUGGUCAUGUUCGACGAUUUCAAGUUAAGGCUUGUCAGAGUUGUAACUCGUUAGAGUUGAGAUUGUAUUAUAACAAAAACUAUUUCAGAAGUUGCUCACCCCCUUCCUAGAAGAUAUGACUCACAGGAUAUCUUCAUUAUCUGUCCGCAAUAGAUGUCAAAUGAACCUCCAUUUUGAGCUAGCCCUUGACCACACACACCCUCGUCUAAAGAAGGUCCCAGUGGAAUGCCUCCUCGACAAGGAAGGCGGUGGCUUCAAAGUGAUCAUGGCCAACUUCAACCAUGAGAGAUGGUGGAUUUGCGCUGCUAUGACCGGCUGCAUGCGCGAAUGCGUGAAGGAUUGCCAACUCUGGUCUUCGCAACGAGAAGUGUUCGGCAAGAAGCUGAUCAAGGAACCAGUGAUCCGACAAAAGCUCGCGAAACUGAUGGUAGCAGUAGAAAGUCAAGGGGCGCACAUCGAAUCGCUUACACACCAGAUGAAAGAAAUGGACUAUUUCACGCAAGCAAUGAAGCUAGCAGGACCGAUCGCAUUGUUGAAGUACUUAAGUCGAUCAUUUUUGAACUACAACCGUCUUCGUAGGUUUUUCUUCUCGAGGUAAGUUGUUUUGAACUACAGCUGUCUUCGUAGUUUUUUCUUCUCUCGAGGAGCCAACAUAAACUUUUUCAUCCUAUUAAGUAGAUAAUUCAUCCUACACCAGAUCUUAUCCGAACUGGGUAUCUGAACCAAUUUCUUCAUUCUGAAUCUGAGAAGGAUCAACACAAGUCUCGAUUAAGUUUCAUUCUACUCUCCCAAGUACUCGAUCAACGCUCACCAAAUCAGAUGUUUGAUUAAGGCUAGUACACAUAUGAUGACUGAGCUGUUUAUUGAGGGUACGAUAGAUACUCGUCGAAGCUUGAGUAUGCCUGCACCAGGUUCAACACCACUCGGUUAUUGACGAUGAUGAGUGACGAGGCGGUACAGAUUUUUGGCGGGCGCGGUAUUACGAGAGGUGGUAUGGGUGCGGGAGUGGAGAAGUUGCAGAAAACGUUCAAGUUUAGCUCUAUUUUGGGUGGUUCGGAAGAGAUCAUGGCCGACCUGGGUGUGCGACAGGCAAUGCGAGAAAUGCCGCAGUCUGCCCGCUUGUAGAAUUUUGGUUCUCGUGGUAUUAAACUUCUACGAUAUUAUCGCAAACAACCUAGUAAACAUCAUCUAUAUAAGUAAGCAAAGGACAAGAGGUAGUACGAGUAGUUCUUAUUUUUUAAUUUCAGCCUGUGCUGUGCACGCAAAUGCGUUUAUAAUAGUUUGUUGUUCUUGUAUCUAAGUGUGCGAUUUCAGAAGUUCUUGUUCAUCUUCCAAUUAUUUCCUGGUUUCCUUAGAAGUUCUUACGGGUUCUUGAGGUCGCUAACCUUAAGCUGUCGACCUCUCUUUAGAUUAGUUACCCUGGUUCAUCUUGGAUCACGUUUGUCUUGUUGUCAUCCUCCCGUUUCGUCCCGUUAACAAAAGUUGAAGCUAAGAAUGACAUGAAACUUUAAUAUGGUUAGUUCGAGGAUACAGGUCAAACUGUGGACGGUCUAGAAACAUUCAGUGGUAGGUCGAAUAUCGUAGAUUCUUCAUUUCAAGGACGCCCAAAGUCGUUUAGAAGUUAAGAGCCUUGUUUUUGUCUUCACUUCGUCGUAAUGAUCUUCUAUGAUUGUCAUUUUCCCAGGACCGCUGUAUCACUGUGAGGCGCUAUGCCGUGUAAAUCUGUGACAAUAAAAGCCCUCACUCUGCGUCCGAAUCUUUGUGUAUCAACAUCGGAUAUUCAUUUUAAGGGAACAGUCAAGUAAUCAGACUACUAGAAUAGCAGAGGUCUAAUCGUUUCAUACUAGCUGGCGUUGUAUAUUUUUGUUCUUUUGUCAUGUAGACUAUGCAGUCUCUUUUCGGGUCACAACGGAACUACGCAGUUACUCGGAGCUGCUACGUGGUUCGCGGAAGCUUUUCCUCCAGGUACUACGUGACUGAGUUGAGAGCGUUUGUGCGCUCUCGAGGCUCCUACUGUGAUGUCCAAAAUGUUUGAAGCCACUGUACAACUUGAGCCGCAUUUGAAUAGCAGAACUUGAAAACUUCUUCAGGAGUCUGGACAGAUCAUAAUUGGACAGACCUACUCAUAACACAAGUUGUCGGAUAUCAGAAUGGCUAAUAAAUCCGACCGAUUAAAAGUGACAAGUAGAACAAGCGUUAGAACAAGCGCUCAGCAAAGAGACAGUGACGUCGUUGUCGUGUUCAAGGUACCUAAAUGUAGUUCCAGCGUGGAGACGCCGAUCUGCAGGUGAAUCUUGGAGGAAAAACUAAUAGAGCGACAAAGGUGGACUUGGGCGCGGCAUAGACCGAGACCGAGAGCUCUACGGGCCCCAAAAUUAGAGACGGGGAAUAUGAUAUGAGGCUGAUGUCGCAGAGAGAGGGUGAUGUCGUAGGCUAACGAGAACUACGCUCAAUUUCUUAUGUGAAGGGUUGAAAGGUCGAGACGGAGCAGAAGCGGGCAACAUUGUGGCACAUUAAUGCAGGGUAACACUCGAGAGGCGCAUGGCGGUCGACCAAAAGCAGAGGAAAGCGUCGAAAUGCAAAGACUAAGAGACACUUGAGAUGCAAAUACUAGGAGACCUUCCAGCUUUUGGACACAGAGAUGGAGAUGCUAAAAGUGGGAGAAAUCAAAAUGCCGGCGGCAAUGAGCUAAGUAGAUUAAGGGCUUCAAUCAGCUAGGAUUUUCGACUCAGAAUGACAAUUAUUCCUGUCAAAAUCCGAGUCGACUCUGGCCUUUCGGUUUAUCCUAUUUAACCUCGUGCUAGGUAAAUGAAUGAAUUGAAAACUACACGGAUAUUGCAGCGGCAUCGCGUGCCUUGGAUGAAGCCUCAAAUAGUCAGUGGUCCGCGCCCGCGGGUGAGCAAUUGAAGCUUGCAGAUCUGCAGACACCAGCUACAGACAUGACAAUUGAUGAGCGUCGCGGAGUGAAACGCCAGGGGCCCUGUUCUUGGAGCAAGUGGG